UUACUUUUUCAGACAUCAAAUAUGACAUGAUAACUUAAAAUGACUGAUUUUUUCUCCCUCCCAAAACCCUUUGAGCCUCUGUGUGACUAUGAAGAAAGCGACUCAGAGUCAGAAAACGAGGAAUCCACAGAACAACAAAAAUCAACCACCCAAUCUACAGUGCAAUCGAGUGAUGAUGUAUCAGAAAUUGAUAAUGUAGAAGCAUCAUUAGCUGAACAAAAUGUGAGCAAAAAAGAAGACGAUAACACGACAGCGAUGAGUGAUAAAGAAGAAGAUGAAGAUAGCGACGAUGAUCAAAGUGAUAAUGAUGACAUCACAGAAGAACCAUGUGAGAACUCUGGAACCCACAGCUUGCAAAAUGUUUCUAAUGCUCAACAGACAGAAUUAAAAGGGCAAUCGGGCUCAGCUUCAUUUUCGAAGAAAUCUUAUUUCCAGCUGAAAGCGAAGGAGAUACAGACUUCGUCUAAGGUGGCGGCUGUUCCCAAUUCCUCUCUAGAGAUCAGAGACAAGUUGCGUCAGUUGGAGAUGAUGAAGAACAGUGCGAGGAAGUUGAAUCACGAGGCGGUGGUGGAGGAGGACAGAGUGAAGAGACAGCCGGCCAACUGGCAGGCACUGCAGAAGAAGAACGACUGGCUCCUCUAUGAGGACGAGCGCAAAAAGGAGUGUUUGGUGGAGGGCACAGAGUGGGACAGGGUGAAGCUGCUGUCGAUGCAGGCGGACGAGGCAGCCAGACUGGACAGUCGCAAGAGGCGCAAGAAUCCGGACACUGGGUUCGCCUCCUUCGAACAGGCCUCCUACAGACAGUACGACAGACUGACCAGACAGAUGACUGUGGAUCAGAGCGAGUACACUGCACACAAACAAGAGGUGGGAGAAGAAUCGCAGAACGUGAACUCCAUGUACCACGGAACACACAAACCCUCAGAGGCGAAUGUGGAAAGAAUGGUGGGGGACUUGGAGAAACAGGUGGCGAAGAGAGCCAAGUUCAGCAGACGGAGGACCUUCAUAGAAGACAGAGACGUGGACUACAUUAACGAGAGAAACGCCAAGUUCAACAAGAAGAUCGAACGCUUCUACGGCGAAUACACAGCUGAGAUUAAACAGAAUUUGGAACGGGGAACGGCUAUCUGAGAAUGUGUUUUUCCACUCUGUGUCUGUGAGGCAUAUGUUUUUAUUUGUUUUGUUCAUUAUUAAUUAGCAAAGUAUAGUCUGAAGAUAGUA